AAGUAAGACACGGACCAUCCAUACACGACGGACAUGGUUCCAUCAAUAACAUCUACAGCCGCCUCUGAUUUUUUUUUGCUUCAGCAUUAUGUCGUUUUUUUUAUUACCUACAUAGAUAGCUAUUAACUUAGUUGUACAACUACAAUCCAUAUUUUCGUUGGUGGAAAGGAACCAUACAAUACGGGUGCUAUAUGAACUCACACAGGGCUGAACCAGGGAUGAUGUUCUCAGUCUCCCACAAGACAGCCUUCGUGGUCGACCACUGCCCUUAUAUGGCAGAGUCCAGUCGGCAGCAGGUGGAGUGUGACGUGCUGACCAAGAGCCGUGGCCAGGGCAUGAUCCCGCUGGCCCCAGUGUCCAAGUCCCUGUGGACCUGUGCUGUGGAGUGCUCCAUGGAGUACUGCCGCAUCCUCUACGACGUUUACCCCCUCAAGAAACUGAUCAACUACAUUGUGAGUGAUUCAGAGUUCCACAUUCUGAACAGCUGGAGGCAAGAGGACCAAAGCACUCAUGAGUACUUUAUUUCCAUCUUCGAGAGAUGGAUGCUUAUUUAUCAACAGGGCAGCAAUUUUGUACAGCACCAGUUCUAUGAUUCUAAGCAAUCUAUGUUGAAAGUCUACAUCUUUUUGUUUCUCAUGUCUGCUCUGGCAGCUGUGGGUCCACCUAACCCACAGGAGACCCUGAGUGUUGCAGCGUCCUGCACGGCCUGGUGGCAGCGGUGGAGUCACUGUCUGUGUAAGAUCAUGAGUACCAGCACGAGCACGCCCACACCUCAUGGACACGGCUGA